CCGCCCCACAUCGUGUACGGCAAACUGGCCUCGUCAGACUUACUUUCCGUUUUGUGUUGGAAAAGGCUUCAGGGUGAGCGUGUACACCUCGGACGGCCAUAGUUAGUGAGCUGUACUGUGUGUUGACUCGGCCAAAGAACGGAAAUGGAAAAUGGUUCGUGCACAACCGGUGACUCCAAGCUGGACCAGGCUGUCAGGCAGUGGCUGCUGUAUGACAAGAACCCCAAGACAGUGUCAAUGGUGCAGGAUCUGGUGAAGGAAGGAGCGGUGGAGGCUCUGAAGAAAUGUUUCUCCUCCAGGAUGGAGUUUGGUACAGCAGGUCUGAGAGCACCCAUGGGCCCCGGCAUAACCUGUAUGAAUGACCUCACUAUCAUCCAGACCACACAGGGCUUCUGUUGCUAUCUAGAGGAGAGUAUUGGGAACCUUAAGGAGCGAGGGGUGGUGAUUGGAUACGAUGCCCGUGCCCACCCUCCCAGCGGCGGCAGCAGCAAGCGCUUUGCCUGCCUGGCUGCAGCUGUAUUCAUCAGCCGAGGGGUUCCUGUCCACCUCUUCUCUGACAUCACCCCUACACCCUUUGUGCCUUUCACAGUUUCCCACCUUGGUCUGUGUGCUGGGAUUAUGGUGACUGCCUCUCACAACCCCAAACAGGACAAUGGCUACAAGGUGUACUGGGAGAAUGGAGCCCAGAUUGUGUCUCCUCAUGACAAAGGUAUCUCCAAGGCCAUAGAGGAGAACCUGGAGCCCUGGCCUGACUCCUGGAACACAGAGGAGGCUCUGAAGAGCCCCUUGCUCAAAGAUCCCUACAAGGACACCCACACUCAAUACUUCAAAGCCAUCCAGAAACACUGUCAUCACAGGGACAUAAACAAGAGCUCAGAGGUGAAAAUUGUGCAUACAUCUGUGCAUGGCGUUGGCCAUACAUUUGUCCAGUCAGCUUUCAAGGCCUUUGACCUUCACCCUCCCUAUGCUGUAGAGGAACAGAAAGAUCCAGAUCCUGAAUUCCCCACAAUCAAAUAUCCAAAUCCUGAGGAGGGAGAGGGAGUUCUGAUGCUGUCGUUUGCAUUGGCAGAGAGGGAGGGGGCCGCUAUUGUGUUGGCGAAUGACCCCGAUGCUGAUCGACUGGCCAUCGCUGAGAAGCAGAAGAGUGAUCUGUGGCGAGUGUUCAGUGGUAAUGAGUUGGGGGCAUUGCUUGGCUGGUGGAUGUUCCGCUGCUGGAAACAGGAAAACUCUGACGCUGCUGCUGUGAAAAACCUCUACAUGCUGUCGAGCACAGUCUCAUCCAAGAUACUGCGCGCCAUCGCUCUCAAGGAGGGCUUCCACUUUGAGGAAACGCUAACAGGGUUCAAGUGGAUGGGAAACAGAGCCAGAGACCUUUUGGACCAGGGCAAGACUGUUGUGUUUGCCUUUGAGGAGGCCAUAGGGUAUAUGUGUAGUCCCUCUGUAUUGGACAAGGAUGGUGUGAGUGCUGCAGCCAUAGCAGGAGAGAUGAUUUCCUUUUUGGCCACGAAAAACACAAGCCUUUCUCAACAACUCACUACCAUCUAUGAAGAGUAUGGUUACCACAUCAGUAAGAACUCCUAUUUCAUCUGCCAUGACCAGGAUGUGAUCCGCAGCUUGUUUGAGCGUCUGCGCAAUUACAGUGGCGAGAAGGAAUCAUAUCCCACUGAAUGUGGUCGCUUCUCCAUCUCCGCUGUCCGAGACUUGACCACCGGCUACGACAGCAACCAGCCCAGUAACAAGGCUGUUCUUCCCACCUCCAGUUCCAGUCAGAUGAUCACUUUUACCUUCUCCAACGGGGGUGUUGCCACCAUGAGGACCAGCGGCACUGAGCCAAAAAUCAAAUACUACACUGAACUCUGUGCUGCUCCUGGUAACAGUGAUGUGAAACAGCUGAAGAAGGAACUGGAUGACUUGGUUGAUGCCAUUGUCGAAAACUUCUUCGAGCCAGAGAAGAAUAAGCUGCAGCCCAAGCCGGAGUAGCACUGAUAGACAUACAGUCACAUACAGGACCAGUUGUGACUGAUCUCUGACCAGCAUUUCACAUGAUGUCUUAAUUACUCCAGAUGGAAUUUUGAUUUAAUGCAUUUUGAUUUACAACUAAUUUAAUGACAAUGUUACCACCUUGUUAUGUUCUUUUGCCAAUUUUCUCAGAGAUAUUGUUACGUAAUGAUACAUCUGUCUUUAGUAGUUUGUUUGUUUAGCUAUCCAUCUAUUUUGAGGGUAGUUAUUGAUCCAGAGCCAGUUUGUUAUCCAGCAGUCACAAUGAAUGACAGCUAUGUGUUUUGGAUUCAGUGCUGGGGAUAACUGUAAAAUCUUCACUGUUCUACAGCCACAGUCAUUCCUGUUGUGUCAAGGUAGUGUUUAGAUACACACACACACACACACACACACACACACACACACACACACACACACACACACACACACACACACACACACACACAGAUGUACGACCUGUAUUUAACAAUUAUGCAUUCCACACUGCUUCAGCAUCAACAGCAGUUCUGCCAAUAUGAGGAGUUACAGAAGAGUGUAAUAAGAAAACUGCUGAAACCAAUUUUGUAACUUAAACUAACUUAAAUGCAUGCUGUAGACUGCAGUUGAACUUUGACUGUGUAAUAUUUUAGUUAAUAGUAAAGUAUAACUGAAAGUGAUUGGAUAUAUUUUAAAAGUUUUAAAUCAGUGCCAGAGAAAUGGAACAACCUCUCACUGCAGAGUUGCUGGUUUGUUGAAUGACUAAGCCUAAUAGCUUAGAGCACCACCAAGUGGAGUCGUUGUAUAUUCUUUUUGCUCCCACUGCUCAUUACUGAAAGGGACUUUUGACACCACAAAUACAACUAAGACCCUUAUACUGUCCAGUAUUUAAAUAAUCAUGAUUGACUAGAAAUGUGGAAUUAGCACCUCACCUUUUCUUAUGUGCCUCGUAUUCUACAAUACUGUAAUGAAAAUGCAAUUUUACUCAAUAAAAACUGUUUCAAACAA